AUGACUGUCAAAAUAUUUGGUCACGACGACAACAACAACAAAAGGAAAAUCUUUCGUACGCGAACCAACCAAGGCAGUGCUUCGUCAACUCAUGUAGUAUCCGACCUUGGUGAGAUCGAUUAUCGCUUGGCAAGAAAAGCGUUAGUCAGAUUUCAUAACAAAGACCGCCACAAGCUAGAUAUCCUAAGACAUCAAUUAUUACCGUGGCUAGCUCGUCGGCACCCUGCCAACCAGAAAGAAAUUUCUUCAGGAAGGAACAUCUUAUUAAGAUGGUGGAGAGCUCUCAUGAAUACAGUGGUUCAUACCGUCUACAAUGAACGGUCAUAUUAUUUUGAAGCUAUACUGGAGAUAAUGAUAAGACCGGAAUUUGUGGAAUUUGAUAGGUGUGGUUCCUCUGACUACAAACAAUGGGCCAACCUGGAUUGUUCCAUCAAACUUACCGACCCUGCUAUGGAAGAAGAUUAUAGAACGUAUCGUUCGCUUUUGUUAAACACAUUGCAAUAUGCUAUUGAUCGUCUCAAUCAAAAAGCCGUAUAUUCCAAUGUCAUUGUAUUCUGCGCGAAAAUAUUUGCACUGAGUUUCUUCAAAAUACCUGGCAUGUCUAAAGCUUUACUGCAGGUCUUGACCUUACCAAAAAGCAUAUACAGGCGUGUUCAAACCGAAAUGGGCUGGUUUGAAGAGUUGUCAAAUUACCGUCAAGAUGUUAUAUCUGUUAUUCCACACCAUCUCCGUGAUUUGAUAUGUGACGAUUAUCGAACAUUAACAAACAAUAUAAAGCUGGGAAAAUCAAAUACACCAAAGCCAAUCGAACAAGCUGGCAAUUGGUUAAGGAGAUGGCAAUCAGACGACAGUGAAUUAUUUUUUGCUUUUUACAAGCAUUACCACAUGGUGCUCAAAGAGUAUCUUCAACCCAUGAAUGCAGGUCUCGGCCAUAGAUCCUCGCAGCACAAUACAGCAAUGCUCUCGGCGGCACCAGCUUACGUAUUUUUAGCUUCUUUCUUUCAAGGAAAAAUCGAUUCCUUGCUUCACCGCGAAAUUAACUCUGUUACCACUAUCGUGCAGUGGGACUCGAACGGUAUACCUAGAGACAACAGUCAGCACCAUCCAGUAGGUAUGGAAGACGAUCCAUCGUUUGAAGCCAAUCCUGUGAUUGGAGGCUCUUCAACAGACGACGGUCGACCCAUCAACACCUUUAUUGCCAAUAGUCCACCGCCACCUGGUGCGAACCAUGGGAAACCGAAAGUGCUUGAGCUGGCCACUCGAAGGUAUGCCGAUUGUGUGGUGAAAUCGGUCCUCAGCUGUGAUCAAGGUACUUUUCAUGGAAUGGCUGACGUGUGGGUACGCACGGCCAUCAAGAGAACAAAGCUAUGUGCUGUCGAAAGCAUAUUUUGUCUCUUUGACCUGCUGGAGAUGAUCGUUCAUGACUUUACGGCCCAUCCUGAAAAGAACGGUACCUUAUGUUCUCUUCCGAUCAACGUCCCAUUCAUCCUGGAAACUAUUCGAACGAUACUUCAGAAUAGCGACCAUACUGUUGCUUUAGUACGAACGCUUUCAUUUGUGUACAAUCAUUUCGAGCUACUGACUAGAGAUCCUGCUUCUGCAAAUGAUCUGUGUCUCGAUACAUUGCUGAACCCGUCUACGUUUGAGCGACUGCUGCUGCAUUGGAGUCGAAAUGUUCGAGUAUUUUUCAUCAGGACUUUAAUAUGGCGUGUAGGCACAAUUUGGAAAGACGCACAAGUCAGCUGGUCGAACAACGGGAUUGUGCCAGACAAUGUCUGUCAACAAGAUCUGUGCUGGUCCAGACUCCAUCAAUCUGGACUUGCCUCUGGAGCGUCCAUCGGAUCGUUUCAUGCCGCUUACGAACGUAGUGCAUUGGAGGCACAUAUUAUUCUUGAAUCUUUAUUAGGCGUUUUUUACACGCAAUUUAACUUUAUUGAAUCAAAGAUUGACGACUUACAACCUGCUGAUAGGCUCAGACUCCUGAGCUCACUAUCUCCCAAAGAUUAUCCCAAACUCGUACUCGCGCCUACUAGAGAACGACGAGCGUCCUUGAUCGAUCAAUAUUCAGAAACGGAAAGCAAGGUCGAAAAGCCAAAGAGGGCAUUGACUUUCAGUCGUUCAACGAAAAAGAAAAAUGGCGGAGACAAGAUCAUGCGAUUUUUCUCCAUGAGAUCAGCCAAAGACUCUCGUCCACCUCUGCCGUCUCCAUCUGCCAUGGAGGGCGCGACCACACCUUCUUCCACCACCACAAGCACGAUCAAAUCAAGCAUUUUGCUCGUUUCCUCAGGAGUGUGGUCUGAAGAAGAUGACAACCAGUCAAGUAACACGGCAGCAAGUACGUCCUCAUCCAACGUGUCAGUGAUGGAACCUAAGAAUGGUGCCUCUACCAAAAACAGUGUCUUUUCCUCCUACAUGUCUCAAACGUAUUUGUGGCGAUACGAAGGCAAGUCCCAUGUCUAUGCCAAAAAGGCUGUAGCAGAAGCCAGCAAUGCCUUGUUGGAAUUUGAAUCUUGGGAGCAAAAGAUGAAGACUCGGUGUGGAGCUGGCAUGCCAUGUCUAGGCUUAGAUUGGCCCAAAAACUGGUCGGAUAAUGGCGGUUAUCAACAGUGA